AUGCGUUCCACAACACUGGCCAUGGCCAGCCUCGCCACAUCCACAGCCUGGGCCACCACCUCCGCCGCCGGCAUCUUUUUCCACCUCGCCGGCCACAGCAGCCGCCUCACCGCACGAAGCGGCGACAUCUGCCCCGUCGGUCAGGCCGCCUGCGACGCCUCGUGCAUCGACGCCGCGUUUGAGUGCUGCCACGUCGGCCAGGGCCAGGCCUGCCAGGAGGGCUACCGCUGCUACGACCAGGGCUGCUGCCGGGAGGGGCAGACGUGCCGCGGCCCGCCCCGGGGCUGCACCGACACGACCAAGAUGUGCGACGUCGGGUGCAUCGCGCGCGACCGUGUGUGCUGCCUCCUCGGCGACGGCUCCUCGUGCGACGCCGACACCGUCUGCCUCGUCGCCGGCAUGUGCGGCCGCCCACGCACCGCGCUCGGGCCCGCCGACGGCAGCAGCAGUAGCCCAGCCGCAUCGGGCCGCACGUCCGCGUCGGGUAGUGGUGGCGCCGGAUCGGCGACGUCGACGUUCACCACGAAGUCGGUGAGCACCAUUGGCGCUACCGUCACGGCGUCCGUCGUCGUGGGAGUCAGCGGCGAGUUCAGUGUCAUCACGACGACGACGAAGACGACGGAGACUGCGGGGGACGUCUCGUCGGCGCCUUCUGCUACGAAGAAGCCAAUAUCGGCCACCAUUACCGGCAGUAGUACUCCCAUCGCCGACAAGAGCAGUGCCGGUGCGGCACUCAAAGGACCCGUCAUUCUCGCAGCACUCUUUGCCGCAGCAGUGUACGCCGUCUAA